GACAUCUGACAAACUCCAUCGCACCAGGUACCGAGCGGUUCGCGAUGUCGUUCGUACCCCACACCUGUCACAAACCCGUCACCCACGUCACUCAGCUGCGUCACGGCCGAGGAGGGUGCCGUGACGAGGUGGUGACAACCCUGUCACACCGACCCAGUCGGCGAUAGAAGGGGCACCUGUCCUGCCGAGUGGUGUCGACCGCACAUCUGUGGUCCCGGCUCUGCUGAGGUCAGCGGCGAGUGACGGUGGAGAUUGGGAAAGGAGUGUCGACGUGAGCGCUGAGGAGAGAGGCCAACAGGUCUCCGGUGAGGAUCCAGAUUUGGUGGCACACAGAUGCACAGGCGCCUUCCAAUUGACAAAUGUCCGUGCAGAAAUGGAUCAAGUCUGUCGGCGCCCGCUGUGCGCACGGAGCGUCCAUCGGCCGGCGACUCCCCAUCGUCUCCUGGCUACCCGCCUACUCUGUAUCGCUGUUAAUCAGGGACCUACUGGCUGGGGUCACUGUGGCACUGAUGGCUGUGCCGCAGGGCAUAGCCUACGGGCAACUGGCCGGACUGCCGCCGCACUUCGGUCUGUACGCCUGUCUGCUGACGGGGAUCUGGUACGCUGCCCUGGGCACCACGGACGUGGUUAGUGUGGGUCCCACGGCCGUCAUGUCUCUGCUAACUGCUGAGUUUACCGGAGGGGACCAACAGCGGGCCGUCCUGCUGGCUUUCUCCACUGGAGCUGUUGUCACCGCCGCCGGCUGUCUACGGCUAGGUUUUCUUGUGGACUUUUUCUCCGUGCCAGUCGUUUCGGGAUUCGUUUCAGCUGCCUCUAUCACCAUUUGUACCACACAGCUCAAGGGCCUGUUUGGUCUCAAGGGAUCGUCAGGGAAAACAAUUACGGCUACGUUAAAACACGUCUUUAUACAUAUCAAAAGUACAAAUCUGUGGGACCUUCUUCUUGGUGUGUCAUGCAUCGUCGUUUUGCUCUGCCUCAGGAUGCUGGGUCAGCGUCGUCCACAACACGACCAACACUCUAUGAAGCCAAGUCGUCGUUCUCGACUUCUCUCCGGCUCUCUAUGGAUGCUAAGCAUUGCCAGAAACGGUGUAGUGGUGCUGGUCACCAGUGUGCUGGUGCUGGUGUUAGAAAGUCACCAGCUGCAUCCCUUCAGCACCACAGAGACUGUCGCCGCUGGCUUCCCGUCUCCACAGCUGCCACCUUUUUACGGCCUCGCCAGCAACACCACCUCUCCUGAGGUGGCUGGCUCGGCUGGAAACGCGUCAGUGGUCGCUGACCCAACCAGGUGGCCCGGGGUGGCUGCACUUGCCUCCGAGCUGGGCCUUGGACUGGUGGUCGUGCCUCUGGUCGCCACCAUCGAGUGCAUGGCCAUCGCCAAGGCAUUCGCCGCGCACAACCGUCCCCAGGACCACUCGCAGGAGAUGAUUGCUCUCGGAGUGUGUAACCUGCUCGGAGCCCUCUUCUCCUCCUACACAGUGACCGGAUCGUUCUCCCGCACUGCUCUGAACCAUGCCUCGGGCGCCGCCACCCCCAUCGCUGGAGUGGUCACAUGUAUAUUCGUCAUGAUAACUCUGGGCUCGCUCACACCGUAUUUCCGAUACAUCCCAACGGCCACACUCUCAGCCGUCAUCAUCUGUGCCGUCUUCUUCAUGGUCGACUGGAAGAUAGUGCUGGACCUGUGGCGAUGCCGAAAGCUGGACUUGAUUCCGCUGUUUGUGACCCUUCUGGCGGGUCUGUUCUGGCGUCUGGAGUACGGCAUUUUACUGGGAACCGGCGUCAGUCUUUUGCUGCUUCUGCACCGAGCGGCGAGACCGAAGGUCACACUCAGCUACCGACUUACGCCUGGCGGGCGGCCGUAUCUUCUGGUUUUACCCGACUGCGGCCUGAGCUACCCGGCAGCGGAGCAUGUCAGACAGCUGAUCCACGAGGCUGCCUGGGCUAUGUCAGUGACCGGUAAACGUCCUGAAGUAGCUGCACCACUCAAUGGACAGAGUACGGCACCUUCCACUGAUCAUCUUGAGGACUGCAAUGGCAAACUGAAGGAUGAAAGACGCAAUGAACUCGGAAAUGGAAAUGAUGUCCGCAGAACAAGCAUUCGUAACGGAGGCUCAUCGGGUAUUACCGGAAACGGUGUGCAUGAGACAAUACCGUUUGUCGAUGAUGUAGCAGAAGAAAAUCAUCCUGAUGAUCAUGAAACUCCUGCGCUUCGUUCAACAAACGGCUCUUGUGGUGACGCUUACCAUCUCAUCCUGAAUUCUGAGGACGUUGUGAUUAAAAAGGACAGUAGCUUCUGUGAAUUGGUGGAUCGUAGAAAUGGAGAAGGUUAUGGGGCGACUGAUCGGGAGGAUGCUCCGCUGCCCGUGAUGCUCAACUGUCGCAACAUUCGCUUCACCGACUUCACCGCGGCAAAGGGCCUGGCCGCGGCGGCCAAAUCCCUUCAGCGUGACGGCGGCAGGCCGCUGGUGCUUCUGGAAAUAAAGCCGUCAGUACUGGCCAUCUGGAGCGGUACAGACCCCGCGGCGUUCCUGGUCAGCCAAUCAGAGGCUGCCGCCGCCCAGCUGAUCGACCAGUGGGGAGUCUCACCUGUCUCGUUGGAGCUACAAGACAUAGCCACACCCGGUCAAAAUGGUGCCGACGCAAAUGGCAUAAAUGGAGCCGCAGCGACGCCUGGACCAACGUGAGGAGCAUUAGGGAAGGAGCGUGCGCAGUUUCUUGUGGGGCUGUGUGAACACAUAUUGGGUGAGAAAUGACUUUAUCUCAUGUAUGUAUGUGAGUGAUUAGUAAACAAACGUGUGACCCGUCGUGUCUGAGUUUCCAUAUGAUCAUUGCUCACACCUUACUGGUGCCAGAAUAACCCUGAAGCUGCUAGUCGCAGCCCAGCUAUCUUCGAAUGCUUCACCUUUUAGCCACUAAGUAAAGCAGUACUAGCACACUGAGUGAGAAAUAAUGAAAUAAUGCGGAAGAAAGAAGAGUUAAAACGAACCUCUUUUAUUCGAUAAAUAUACAAUGCAAAUGCACUCA